GCGAUUGGCCGGCACGAGCGGGUCGGCCCGGUUCGCCGGUUCCUGGGUCCCGGCGGGCAAUGGCGUCCGGCGGCUGGCGCUGGCUGCGCGGCCUCUGGGCUGCGGGGCAGCCCCUGUUCCAAGGCCGUGCGCUGCUCGUCACCAACACGCUGGGCUGCGGCGCUCUCAUGGCGGCCGGGGACGGUGUGCGCCAGUCCUGGGAGAUCCGCUCCCGGCCCAGCCAGAAGUUCGAUCCUCGGCGCUCAGCGAGCAUGUUUGCAGUGGGCUGCAGCAUGGGCCCCUUCCUGCACUACUGGUAUCUCUGGCUGGACCACCUGCUCCCUGCAUCCGGCCUCCGCGGCCUCCCAAAUGUCCUCAGGAAGGUCCUCGUUGACCAGCUGGUGGCCUCUCCCAUGCUGGGCGUCUGGUACUUCUUGGGCCUUGGCUGCCUGGAGGGCCAGACCUUGGAUGAGAGCUGCCAGGAGCUACGGGACAAGUUCUGGGAAUUCUACAAGGCCGACUGGUGCGUGUGGCCGGCUGCGCAGCUGGUGAACUUCCUCUUCGUGCCCCCCCAGUUCCGAGUCACCUACAUCAAUGGCCUGACGCUGGGCUGGGACACGUACCUCUCCUACCUGAAGUACCGGGUGAGCGCGGUGGGCGGACCAGGCACCCAAGGGACUCCUCAGGGGCCACAUAUGUGAGCCCCAGAUGGCAGUACAGCGACCCUCCAGGGAGAGGGCCUCCUGUGCACAGGACAAGCCGCACCCCACGGUGGGCGGGCGCGGAGCUGAUCGCCAACAGGGUGAAGACCGAGCGCAUCUCUGCUGCCUGAUGUGACCUCGGCUGAGUUCCUGCCGCUUCUGCCCAGAGAGGUCGACCCCAGCCCGGGACCGGUAGUGGAGGAGGGCUGAGCGAGGAGGAGCCCAACGGGAUGAACGGGGUGUUUGACCAUGCCCUCUUGUGCGGACAGACCCCGGGCCCCCUGACAGCCCCAGGCUGGGGGGCCUCACGCACCGUGCUGGGACCAGAUGCCAGACAGGGCAAGACUGAGCCCCAGCCGAGCACUCGUCUGGGCAGGAAGGGGCAUGGGCCCCCACGGGCAGGCCAGGCCACGGUCCUGGGCUGAGUCCCAGCCCUACCCUAGCCCCUGGGCAUCUGGCUGGGCUGCCCAUUACCCAGCCUCAGUUUCCCCAUCUGGAGCACAACCGUGAAGAUGGACAGUCAUUGCCCAGCCCUUCUCACCAGGAGCCUUAGUGCCCAGUGACCGAAAUGUCCCGUCCUCGGCACUGGGCCCCAGCCAGUCCCAAGCCACAACCCCUCAACACUGCUGUGGCCUGGCUCUGGACUCCCUGGGACCAAGGUGGGGACAUGACCCCUCCCCUCAGAGCAGGGCCUGCCUGGAGUCUGCUCCCUGGCUCCCAGCCUUAGGCAGGGCCAGGCAGCCUCCAGUCUCAUCCUCUAGUCAUGGACUGUGGAGAUUCCAUUAAACUCUCGCUGUAAUUGAAGUG